UGGGCCCUGGUUGCUCCGGCCCCUCUCCCGGCAGAGCCGCUCGCCCCGCGCUGCAGCGCCCGCCAUGGCGGAGAGGAUCGAGCAGCGCAUCGAGGGCCGGCUCCCGGAGCUAGAGCAGCUGGAGCGGGUCGGGCUCUUCACGCGCAAAGAGAUUAAGGCAGUCAUUAAGAAAGCCUCAGCUCUAGAAUACAAAAUACAGAGGAGAGCUCUCCAUAAGGAAGACUUUAUCAAUUACAUUCAGUAUGAAAUUAAUCUGUUGGAACUGAUCAAGAAAAGAAGAUCACGCAUUGGAUAUUCAUUUAAGAAGGAUGAGAUUGAGUAUUCUAUUGUGCAGAGAAUACAUGGCCUCUUCAGGCGUGCCACAGAAAAAUGGAAAGAUGACGUGCAGCUGUGGUUGUCACAUGUGGCUUUUUGCAAGAAAUGGAAUAAAAAAAUUCAGCUUAGCAAGGUGUUUUCUGCCAUGCUAGCCAUUCAUCCGAACAAGCCAGCAUUGUGGAUUAUGGCUGCCAAGUGGGAAAUGGAGGAACGCCUCUCAUCCGAAAGUGCCAGGCACUUGUUCCUUCGUGCAUUGCGCUUCCAUCCAGAGUCUCCAAAACUGUAUCAAGAAUAUUUCAGAAUGGAACUGAUGCAUGCUGAAAAGCAGAGAAAAGAAAAGAAAGAGUUUGAACAAGCCAAGAUGGACUUGGGCGAGUUCAAUUAUUCUGAAGAGGUUCUUAAUGGGGAAAUGGCUCGAAUAAUCUACAGAAAUGCUGUUCAGAAAAUCAAAGGUGCUGAGUUCUGCCUGUCCUUGCUUUCAAUUGCAAAGCUAUUUGAUUUUACACAAGACUUGCAAAAAGAAAUUCUUGAAAACUUGCAGGCUGAGCAUGCUGGUGAUCCUCUUACAUGGGACUACAUGGCCCGUCGGGAGCUGGAGCUGGAGAUGGGGUCCUUGCCAUCCCCAGAAUGUUCAUCUAAACAGAUGAAAGCAUCCGAGGUGGCCCAGAAAGAGGAGCGGUGCUGUGCAGUCUUUGAGGAAGCAGUGGCAGCGCUCCCCACAGAGGCCAUGUGGAAAUGCUAUGUCACUUUUUGCCUGGAGAGACUUAACAGGAAAACCAAUAGUGAGGAAUUGAGACGGAAGAGGCUAGAAAGGACUUUGAGUGUAUUCAGCGGAGCCCAUGAGUCCACCUUGCUGCCAGAGACUUUAUACAAACAGUGGUUUCACCUGUUACUGGAGGUUGGCCUUUCUGAGAAGGCAACAGAGGUAGCUGCAACUGCAACCAAACGGUUCAGCCAAUCGGUGGAAAUGUGGCACACGAGACUGCAGGUGCUAAUCAAACUGAACAGCAGCGAUGUGGCCCAGUGUUUUGAGGAAGCUGUGAGACAGGUGAAAUCUAAGGGCUGUUUACCGUUAUGGACUCUAUGGGUGGAAUGGAGUGAAGGAGCAAACAGCAAGGAAGACACACAAGCCCUCUACCAGAGAUCCUUAUUUGUCAUAGCCCCAGCUGACUCAGUAACCAUGAAAGAGAAGUACCUUGAUUGGGCCUACAGAGAUGGCGGUUAUAAGAAAGCAAAGAAAGUCUUUACCAGCCUGCAUGAAAGUCGCCCAUUUUCACUCGAGUUCUUCAGGAAAAUGAUUGAAAUAGAGAAGGAGCAAGAAUCCUGCAAGAUGCUUAAUCUGAGAGAAUACUAUGAACGUGCCCUGAGAGAGUUUGGUUCUACAGAUUCUGAUCUCUGGCUAGAUUACAUCAAAGAGGAGCUAAACCAUCCCCAAGGCAAACCAGUAAACUGCGGGAACAUUCACUGGAGAGCUAUGAAGAUGCUAGAGGGAGAGCUAGUAGAAAAAUUUGUUUCCAAAUACACUUUGCUGCAAACUGGACACUUGUGAAAAAUGCAGAUUACGCUGAACUUGCAAACGUUUCUGACAGACAAUAUCAAAGCGCAGAAUUUCUGGAGUUAGUUGGUUGUCCACAUUUUUGUACAAGAUUCUGAAAAUAAAUACGUUCCUGAACCAUCCUA